UUAUGGCUGCCUCGGGCCCUGCUGGUUCCCCGCGACCCGGGGGCGAGCCCAUCCUGAAAGAUGUUGUUGCAUAUGUUGAAGUAUGGUCAUCCAGUGGAGUGGAAAAUUAUUCAAAAACGUUUGUGAAUCAACUCCUGGGUAUGGGAGCAAAAGUUUCAAAAACUUUUAACAGAAAUGUAACUCAUGUUAUAUUUAAGGAAGGAUAUCAGAGCACUUGGGACAAAGCACAGAAGCAUGGUGUAAAGCUUGUUUCAGUCCUGUGGGUUGAAAGAUGCAGGUUAGCUGGUGUACGUGUUGAUGAGUCUUUAUUUCCUGCAAUCAACACUAAUAAAGGACUACCAAGUCUAAUUAAAAAAAAACGAAAGUGCAUGCAACCGAAAGAUUUUAUUCCCCGAACACCAGAAAAUGAUAGACGACUUCAAAAGAAAAUUGAGAAAAUGGCUAAUGAGCUGAAUAUUCAAAAAACAGCCAUAGAUAAUGAUAUACCAGUUCUAUUGUUUGGAGCUGAUGGUUCGUUGAUAUAUAGCCCCACGGCUAAAAUUAAGAAUCAGUGUAAUGCAAUGGAAAAGAGAUUACAGGAAAUGAAAGAUAAAAGGGAAAAUCUUUCCCCUACAUUUUCUCAAAUGCUUGCUCUUAAUUCAGACCCAUCUUCAUCUGGAACAUAUUUGACAUCACUUAACACUUCAUAUUCAGAUGAAUCCAUUUCUGGUGUUUUAAAUACAUCCUUUGAUGAUAUUUGGAGAAACCGUGAACCCAGGAAACGUAAGAGGAAGUCAGAGAAACACAUUCAUAAAGCUCAAACUGAUGGGUGUCUUUCUUCACCUAUAUCAAAAACUGCAUCUAAUAGUGUCUUUGAUAGAGUAACCCCUCAGAGAUCUAAGAGUAACCUUCCUACAGAAAAAAGGGAUUUCCAAAGCACUUUGAUGACUGAAAUGCUCACUCCUGAAAAAACACAAUUUGAAGGAAUAUCUAAGGAACUAUUUUGUGACAAGGAUUAUCUAUCCCCUUCUUUAGCUGUAGCAGAAAACCACUCUGUAAGAAGUCCAGGUCCUACAAAUUCUUCAGAAAAACAGUUGAGAAGUUUAAUGUAUUUUAAUUUUCCUUCAAAAGAAAAAUCAAGGAAAAAGAAGUCUAAAAUGAGAUUUACCAACCCAAAGUUGCAUCGAGGUAAGACUGAAAACUUUUUAGAGUUGAUGACUACUCCUGUAAAGAUAUCUCCAGCCUGCAAAGAAGCAGUGUACGAUGAUUAUUUUUCAUCCACUAAUUUGAAAGAAGGGAAUUCAAGGAAUUGUAUUUUUAAAGUUAAAACGGUAUCCGAAAACCCUUUACAUUUAAACCACCAAAAAAGUAUCUACAGGAGUAAAAAACAAAGUGUCUUAGAAAGCGCUGAUUAUCCCAGCUUUAGCAAAAAAGCGAAACCUAUUCUAACAUAUGAUAAUUUAGUGGAAGAAAAUAACUAUGGGCUCGAGAAACUUCCCAAUUGUGAAAGAAAUUUAAACUUGAAUUACAGUCCAUAUAGUGAAAUACCUGAUGCAAAAGAAACCUUAGGAUGUUGUAAUGAAACUGAUUCUCAGGAAGGAGGUGGAAUAGCCAUAGGUGGAAAGAACUCUCUUCAUACUACUGAUGAAUCUGUUCUUAUGAGUGACUGUUUGGGAAGAGAACCUUGUGAUGCUUUAAUUGCUUUGGAAGGAGGUGCUAAAGAAGUACUCAUCAGUAAAAAAGAAUUGACUAUUCCCAUGACCAUACAAAAGAGAGAAAACAUUAACUCUGAAAUGUUGAACUCUUGUGAAAAUGAAAAACAAGAAGAUCAUAACUUCAUUUUCAAAAGUGAUGCUGCUCUGGAGAAAUCAAGGAAAGAAAUGGAAAAUCGCUCCAGAUGUAUUCAAAGUGUUGAAAGUGGAAAAGUGAAGCUUGAUAUUUCAGAUGACGUCUCUGAAGGCUUUAAAGACCAAAAGAUCAAAUCUCUAGAGGAAUCAAAAAAAACUAGAAAAGUCAAGAAGCCAACAAGAACAUUAGUCAUGACAAGCAUGCCCUCUGAGAAACAGAGUAUCAUCAGGCAGGUGGUGGACAAAUUGAAGGACUUUUCUUUUUCAUGUGAUGUAUGUGAAUCUACAACUCACAUAGUUGCAGGCGAGCCUCGUCGAACUCUGAAUGUACUGUUGGGAAUUGCUCGUGGCUGCUGGAUUGUUUCUUAUGAAUGGGUGCUGUGGUCUUUGGAGUUUGGCCAUUGGGUUCCAGAGGAACCGUAUGAACUUUCAGACAACUUCCCUGCAGCUUCUAUAUGCCGUCUGGAGCGUCAUUUGUCAACAGGACAGUACCAAGGAGACCUUUUUGCCAGUCAACCAGUGAUGUUCAUAACCGCAGCCUGUCAGCCCCCUUGUGCCAAGCUGAGGGAACUUGUACAGCUGUGUGGAGGCCAAGUAUCCAGGAACCCCUUCACAGCCAGUAUCUACAUUGGUCCCUACAGAGGAAAGAAACAGCCAGAGAUCAAGUACUUAUCAGAAAAAUGGAUCCUAGAUUCAAUCACUCAACACAAGAUUUGUCCCUGUGAAAACUACCUAAUGCCGUAAGAAGGAAGAAGUCACUCAGCAUUUGGAAGGACAUUAGGAACAACUUACAAAUUUUUUUUUUUAGCCAUUCACAUGUAAAACAAAAUCAUAAAGUAAAAAGAUUGCACAGAUGAAUGAUACAGAGUUUUGUGCACCUUCACUAUGCUUUUUAUUGAAUGUUCUUGUCCUUAGAUAAACAGACAAUAAAGUGUAACUUGGUGAUUCCCUGAAUCUUAGACAUGAGAUUGGGUUAACAUCCAAAUUGUGUGCUGGUGUAUUGCUGAUGCACUGAUGUCUUUGUCCUAAAUAGCAAGUCCUAAAUGUAAUGAGUGUUCAUAACCACUUUUUAAAAAAGCAAC